AUGUCUGGUAUCUUGCUGCGCGACCCGAUGGCGAAGGUCGACCAGGGAACAGGGAUGCCAUGUCGUCGCGGCGCUGCCACAGACAUAGGGCCCACGGCUGCGGAGCGGGAUCGAUCACAUCGCGCGAAGGUAUUUCGCGGCGCUCGCACACCUUGGGCCUCCGGGGACGUCGAGCGACGCUGCUACCGCCUAUAUGCUCACGCCGUCUUGGGCUAUUCCCAAACGAUUGAAGUACAUGACCAAGAAGACGAGCUCGGAUUGCUUUGGGAUGAUGACAUCGAAGACUGGAAACGUUACGACAGCAAGAUGGACGAGAACGGCAAUGUAGAAGUCGUCGAGGUUCCUGCCUUCAAGGGCGGUGCACCUUCUGAGGCAAUGGUGGCAUACACGGCGUGGAAGCGUUCUUCUCAGAAAAAGGGCGACCAAGAGCCAGAGUGA